AUGAAACUGCUUGCUCUACUUACUCUCCUUACAUGCACUACUAUCUAUGUUUCAAGUUUGAUCUGUUAUCACGGAACGUCAGAUCUUCUCACUCCGAUCAUAGUCUUGAACAGUGAUUUCUGGGGAGGAAGGUGUACCAAUGGUACGUGUACAUGUACAAGUUACACAUAUAUUUGUAGCACAAAUGAUACAAUUUGUACAUUACAAGAGCAGCAGUCACAAACACGGAAAUGGAUGUGGAUGAUGGUGUCAAACACAAGCUGCCAGCAAAUGCUACAGACUUCGCAGAAAUUUGCCAGUGUAACAUGCUGUUUUACGAACUAUUGUAAUAAUCAACAUUUGAAUGGUGCGAUAGAUCCAGAAGAACGUAACUCCAAAUCACUUACUGACAAGCGGUGGCUUCGUCGUUUUAAAUACUACAAUGUGGGUAUUAAACUGGAAGCACAAAGAAAAAGACAAAAUCAUAGAUUAUUGUGGCUCGGUCGGUUCCGACCGGAAUCUGGCGGCAAGGAACUUGCCGAAUCCGAUCGAAACCUGUUGAAUUCGGUUGGAAUCGACUGGAAUUAUACCGAAACCGACUCAGGUUUAAACGGAUCCUGUCACCGGAAUAAUCGACUUGGGAUGUUUCUGACCAUUCAAAUAGAAGACACGUUUUUAAAACAGCAGAUUACUCUUGACAUUGACAACCACGUGAAAAACGUUAUUGGAAAAUUCGAAUUUGGUGAAGUUGACGAAUUGGAACGUGUCUUAUAUGGAUAUUUCAAUGGAUUCAAAAACGUCAUUAUCAGUGAAUUUUUUCGUGGUAAUUGGAACGACAAUGACAUCGUUCAUCUCUUUCUGUUCUUUAUUCUCUCACCUCUAUAUCAUACUAUCUCCGGAGUAGUCAAUAAACAUCGAUACCGUGAGAAGCGAUCAGCUACUCAACCAGUUUGUCGUUACAGUAAUGACAGUCAAUUACCGUCAGUUAACAGUACCCAAGCAUCUCAUGGUGAAGAUAUGCAACCGUUAAAACAACAGUCGUUGCCACUCGAAUGCUCUGCUGGCCCACAUGACCUUCCAUAUUCACAGAUGACGUUUCGUGAGCCUUUCUUCGCCACAUUCAGAUCAAUGUAA